GGCUGCCGGGCGCUGGGCUGGGCGGCGCUUUUUUUUUUUUCGCAAUUUCCACUAGCGGGGAGCAGGAAACCCGGCGCAGCCGGGCGCAGCGGGCCGCGAUGCAGCAGCAGCAGGAGUCGCCCCGGGCCAGCAGCGGCAGCAGCAGCAGAGGCAGCAGCGGGCGGCGCUGAGCCGCCGCGGCCGCCGCUACUGAGGAAGAAGCCGGCCCAGACGCCGCCGCGUCCCUAUCCCCGCGCCCACAUCCCGGCUUCCCGAUUCCCGCGCCCGGGUCCCGGCGCCCCGACCCCCGCGUCCGCCUCCGCUAACUUUCACGCUGCCUCGGCGGCCCGGCCCGGCUCGACGCCAAUGGUGGAGGCCAUAGUGGAGUUUGACUACCAGGCCCAGCACGACGAUGAGCUGACGAUCACCGUGGGUGAGAUCAUCACCAACAUCAGGAAGGAGGAUGGAGGCUGGUGGGAGGGACAGAUCAAUGGCAGGAGAGGUUUGUUCCCUGACAACUUUGUAAGAGAAAUAAAGAAAGAGAUGAAGAAAGACCCUCUCUCCAGCAAAGCUCCAGAAAAGCCCAUGCACGAAGUGUCCAGUGGAAAUGCAUUGCUGUCUUCUGAAACAAUUCUAAGAACCAACAAGAGAGGCGAGCGACGGAGGCGCCGGUGCCAGGUGGCGUUCAGCUACCUGCCCCAGAACGAUGAUGAGCUUGAGCUGAAAGUUGGCGACAUCAUAGAGGUGGUAGGAGAGGUAGAAGAAGGAUGGUGGGAAGGUGUUCUCAAUGGAAAGACUGGAAUGUUUCCUUCCAACUUCAUCAAGGAGCUGUCGGGGGAGUCGGACGACCUCGGCAUUUCCCAGGAUGAGCAGCUCUCCAAGUCAAGUUUAAGGGAAACCACAGGCUCCGAGAGUGAUGGGGGUGACUCGAGCAGUACCAAAUCCGAGGGUGCCAACGGGACAGUCGCAACGGCCGCAAUCCAGCCGAAGAAAGUUAAGGGAGUGGGCUUUGGAGAUAUUUUCAAAGACAAGCCAAUAAAGCUAAGACCAAGGUCGAUUGAAGUAGAAAAUGACUUUCUGCCUGUGGAAAAGACUAUUGGCAAGAAGUUACCUCCGACUGCAGCAACUCCGGACUCGUCAAAAACAGAAAUGGACAGCAGGACAAAGGCCAAGGAUUACUGCAAAGUAAUAUUUCCAUAUGAGGCACAGAACGACGAUGAAUUGACAAUCAAAGAAGGAGAUAUAGUCACUCUCAUCAAUAAGGACUGCAUCGAUGUAGGCUGGUGGGAAGGAGAGCUCAAUGGCAGACGCGGAGUGUUCCCUGACAACUUCGUGAAGUUACUUCCACCGGACUUUGAAAAGGAGGGGAAUAGACCCAAGAAGCCACCUCCUCCAUCGGCUCCCGUCAUCAAGCAAGGGGCAGGUACCACUGAAAGAAAACAUGAAAUUAAAAAGAUACCUCCUGAAAGGCCAGAAACGCUUCCAAAUAGAACAGAAGAAAAAGAAAGACCAGAGAGAGAGCCAAAGCUGGAUUUACAGAAGGCUUCUGUUCCUGCCAUACCGCCCAAAAAGCCGCGGCCACCCAAGACCAAUUCUCUCAGCAGACCAGGUGCGCUGCCCCCGAGGAGGCCGGAGCGACCAGCGGGUCCCCUGACCCAUACCAGGGGUGACGGUCCAAAGAUCGACUUGGCGGGCAGUUCGAUAUCUGGCAUCCUGGACAAGGACCUCUCGGACCGCAGCAAUGACAUCGACCUAGAAGGGUUUGAUUCCGUGGUGUCAUCUACUGAGAAGCUCAGUCACCCAACCACAAGCAGACCAAAAGCCACGGGGAGGAGGCCUCCGUCCCAGUCCCUGACGUCCUCUUCCCUUUCAAGCCCUGAUAUCUUUGACUCCCCAAGUCCUGAAGAAGAUAAAGAAGAACACGUUUCGCUUGCACACAGAGGAGUGGACGCGUCAAAGAAAACUUCAAAGACUGUUACCAUAUCCCAAGUGUCCGACAACAAAGCAUCGCUGCCGCCCAAGCCGGGGACCAUGGCUGCGGGCAGUGGCGGGCCGGCCCCUCUGUCCUCAGCAGCACCCUCUCCCCUGUCGUCCUCUUUGGGAACAGUUGGACACAGAGCCAACUCCCCGUCUCUGUUCGGCGCGGAAGGAAAACCAAAGAUGGAGCCUACAGCCAGCAGCCAGGCGGCCGUGGAGGAGCUGAGGACACAGGUCCGGGAGCUGAGGAACAUCAUCGAGACCAUGAAGGACCAGCAGAAACGAGAGAUUAAGCAGUUACUGUCAGAGUUGGAUGAAGAGAAGAAAAUCCGGCUUCGGUUGCAGAUGGAAGUUAAUGACAUAAAGAAAGCUCUUCAAUCAAAAUGAAUACUUGAUAAAUGAAAUGUCGCAUUAUUCAUCCCAAGUCCAAGACUCAAAUUUUCCGCCCCAGCCAAAAUAACCUUGUGCCAAAAGAUGAAAAAUUGCCUCAACAUGUCCCUGUUUCAAAGAUUAGCACAAAAGUCUUGAUAGCACAACACAAAUUCCAUCCAAGAGGAGACUCUUCCCCAUGGUAUAGUCCUGGGUCUGGCACUGGUUGUGACUUAAACAGAGCAAAUUGUGCUAAAGGCUUUUUUACUAUGAGAUCUCACACGAAACGAAAACUCAGGCAGUUUAGUCCAUAGUGGUACUAUUUUGAUGAUAUUUUCCAUUAAUAAAAUGUAAUUUUAGAGUCUUCGUUUACAAGCUUUAUAAUUUUAUGAUUUUUUUAAUCGUGUUUUGCCACAGAUUCCCCCAGUGUUUGUAUUACACAUAGUCCGGAGCGAGCAUCCCAUUCUUUUGCUUUAGGCGGAAAGCUGCCUCGCUCUGUGUCCCCCUCAAGGAGUCUGUUACAUAUGCAAUUUUAGGUCCAACCUGUCCCUUCUCCUGCCAGCAAACCCCACCACCCUAAGAUAAAUUUUAGCUUAUAUAUGAUGGUAUAUUUACAAAAAGAGAAAGAGAAAAUCUGGUAUUUGCAAUGAUCUGUGCCUUCUUUUUACCACCCUCUUGAUUGGAGCUUUUGUGAUGCAGCUACCAUGAUUUAAAAAACACACAUACACAUUUAUUUUUUUUAGUCACUUAUCAAAGUCUACUAGAGGCCACUGUCUAAAAAGCUUCUCUCGCCUAACCAAAGGUCCUAAGAGGAGACAGCUGUGAAGUUGGGCGUGCUCUUUGGUACCAGCUGUGACUUUUAAGUUCUCCUAGUUUUAGGUUGUUCAUGAACUAGAAAUGUCACCCCUGCUUGAUUUUUCAUCAGCCAAGUUAAACCCCUGCUUCCUGUCCUUUGCACCUUUUGAGUGAACGGAAUAUGCAUUAUUAAAGCAAAAAUAAAUAAAAGUAAAAUGCAAAUGAAAAC